AGUUUUACCCUAAAAGUUUGUUUGUAUAAGUUUAAGAGGGAGUUUAACACAAACAAAAUUCAAAUUUGAAUAAAUACACGGAAUAGCAUGAAAGGGAGGGAGUAUUAGUCAAACCGGCGCAACUCUUUAUAUUCCCAUGCAACUUUUUAAAGAACUUUGAACCAACACUUUUUCAUUGUUUGCCCAACAUGCAACAAACGAACCAACCAUCAACCCCCGCUCUCCCCGGCAAGAACCGCCUCCUCGCCGCCGCGAAGUGCAGGCUCCCGCCGGUCAAGAUCAACCAGAAUGACACAAUUCAGAUCCUCACAAACAAGGCCUCCAUCGGUGCGGCGAAGUUUGCGGAAACCAUGUCGGAAGUCCUAAACAAUCUCAACAACAUUCCCAAAUCCAACCAGGAACAAAACAUCCUUUCCAUAGGUGACAUGGCGGACACGCCCGCCAUGUCCCCUAGGGAAAACAUAUCAUCCCACUGGAGGGACAUCCAAGGAUAUCGCGAGUGGGAGGGUCUUUUAGACCCCCUCCACCCCUGGCUCAGGCGCGAAAUCGUCAAGUACGGCGAGUUCGCGCAGGCCACUUACGACGCGUUCGACCUGGACCCGUACUCCGAGUACUACGGAAGCUGUCUCUACGCCCGCGACGAAAUGUUCCAAAAAGUUGGGAUCGCAAGGAACGGGUACGAGGUUGUCAGUUACAUCUACGCCAUGUCAUCGCCCCAGCUUGAAGUCCCAGACUGGCUGGAUGGGUCGACCCUGGCCCACGCGUGGAGCAAGGACUCGAACUGGAUCGGGUACGUGGCGGCGAGCAACGAGGAGGAGACGAGGCGGAUCGGGCGGCGGGACGUGGUGGUGGCGUGGCGGGGGACGGUGACGCCGUCUGAGUGGUCGGAAAACAUGCAGAAUAAAUUGGAAGCGGUCGGGCACGGGGACGCGAAAGUGGAGCAUGGGUUUCUUAGCAUUUAUACGUCAAAAUGUGACACUUCGAGGUUCAAUAAGAAGAGUGCGUCGGAACAAGUUAUGGAUGUGUUGGGGAAGUUGGUGGACUUUUACACUAGCAAAGGGGAGGAGGUGAGCGUCACCGUCACCGGCCAUAGCCUCGGCGGCGCGCUCGCCGUGCUCAAUGCCUAUGAGGCGGCGGUCCACUUUCCCGGCGUUCCCGUCACCGUCAUUUCUUUUGCUGCGCCAAGAGUCGGCAAUAUUGCUUUCCGGGACGAGGUUUGUUAUUAUCCUCGUAUUAAGAGGGAAAUGAAGAAAAAUAUAAGAGUGGUUUACCAAAAGGGAGUCAAGACAUUAAGAGUGACAGUGAAGCAAGACCUGGUGCCGAAAUGGCCCGGCGUCGUGUUCAACGAAGGCCUACAGAAGUACGACGACUUGAUCGGCCCGCUAGAGUGGGUGUACACGCACAUCGGGGUGGAGCUGAAGCUCGACGCGAGGUCCUCCCCGUACCUAAAGGGCGGGAUGAACCUGUUCGGGUGCCACAUGCUCGAGACGUACCUCCACCUCGUGGACGGGUACUGCAGCCUGAGGGUGCCCUUCAGGGAGGACGCGAAGAGGGACGUGGCGCUGGUGAACAAGGACUGUGAUAUGCUUGUGGAUGAGCUUAGGGUACCCCCCAAUUGGUACCAGCUGGGGAAUAAAGGGCUGGAACUUAACUCUUGUGGGAGAUGGGUGAGGCGCAAGAGGGUGUUGGAAGAUGAGGCCCCUUCAUUUCCUCCUCAUUUGUUGGUCUCUAAGGAAGAUGGUUUUAUAGAGGAAUGAGUUUAUGAUCCAUCUGUUAUGUUGUUGUCUAAUUAGUCUUGGGAGAAAUAUAUAAAAAAUUUAAAAAAAAAAGUGAUAUUUUUGUUGAAUGUUAUAUAAGAAACUAUGUAUUGCUUC